AUGGCACUCGCUCCCAAGUUUGCUGGCCAAGCUUACUCCGCUAAUGUCUCGCCAAAAGCCAUCCACACCAUCGAGCUCUACCUCGAUUACGUCUGCCCCUUCUCCGCCAAAAUGUUCAACACCCUCUACAAUUCUGUACUUCCCAAUGUCCCCAAAAAGUACCCUGCAAAGGUCCAGUUCCUCUUUCGCCAGCAAAUUCAACCAUGGCACCCUUCCAGUACUCUUGUGCAUGAAGCUGGGGCGGCUGUACUGAGACUUGCGCCUGAUAAAUUCUGGCCCUUCAGCGAGGCGCUUUUUGAGCACCAGAAGGAAUUUUUUGAUGUGAAUGUCGUGCACGAGGCGCGGAAUGAUACGUACAGGCGUCUGGCGAAAUUGGCGGGAAGCGUUGGAUUGGAGGAAAGCAAGGUGUUCGAGCUGUUGGAGAUUUCGGACAAGCCUGGAGAGGGAGGAAGUUUGAAUGUUGGGAACAAGGUUACAGAUGAUGUUAAGCUGAUGGUGAAGGCGAAUCGACGUGUAGGUGUUCAUGUAACACCAACCAUUUUGUUCGAUGGUAUCGAAGAGGGAAGCAUUUCAAGCAGCUUUACCGGUCAACAGUGGGAAGAAUGGCUUGACAAGAACGUCAAAUGA